CGCACACGUCAGUCCACAUCUCCUUGAUCGGUCUUAUCUUCCUCUGUUUAUGAUGGACCUGAACAACCUCAAGAUCAUGGCUAACCGCGCUGGUAACACGCUCUACUUUGCUGGUGCGGCUGCUGCUGAGAUGGGCAAGGAGAAGGGCACGCAGGCGCUGGCCGCUGCGUCGGAGGCAGCCGCCGUCGGCCGCGACAAGAUGAAGAGCUCUACGACGUACCAGAGCGCCACGGUGGCCGCGACGGUGGGUCGCGAGAAGGUUAAGACGUCGCAGGCCUUCCAGGCGGCCUCAUCGGCUGCUGUUGUCGGCAAGGAGAAGGCCACAACGGCUGCAUCCACCGCCGCGACGGUCGCAUCUGCCGGGCGCCUCAAGGCCGUGAGCGCUUUGGUGCUGGCCAAGAACCGCAUUACUGGGCUUAAGACUGGCAACUCGCCCAGUUCGCCAACACCUGGUAAUCUGCCGUCGGCUGAGAAGGAGUUUUACAAGUACGAGAUGUCCGAAGAGGAAAAGAAGAAGAAACGCGCACAGGCUCGCCGUCGCGCCGAGAAGAACAAGCACCCUGGAUCGAGCUCCAGCUCAAGCUCAAGCUCGAGUUCUCGACGAGAAGGCAGUUCCAGAUCCGCAACCAGUUCAAGCUCGAGCUCCAAAUCCGCAACCAGUUCAAGCUCGAGCUCCAGAUCCGCUGGAUCGAGCAACAAGUCCAGCAGUAGCAGCUCCAGUAGCAGGAGCAACCACCGAUCGGCCGGCAACAGCCGACGACCAGGCAGUAGCAGACGCAACAAAGGCGAGCACCAAUUGUAGAAGACUGCUAGAAAGUUCGACUAAAGCGGCUCACAAAGCUACGCAUGCACAGCCUGCCUCAGAUCUCGUAGAGGCCACGCACGAACCGCACGUAGUCGAGCUCAUCUUCGUUUCGUGCGGUUCUCUCAGCGAGCAAAACUUCCACUACGAACUCUCCCCACGGUUUUGCAGGUCGGUCGUACGGGUUGAGACUACGGAAGAGGUGUGGAGUGUUCGUCUUGGCACGGCUAUUAGAGUCCCUACGACCGCUUACAACCUGUUGGUGAACGCGUUGGUGCUUGCGAGUUGGUCGUCGCGUUGGCGUAUCACCGUUUUGGCUUCCAAAUGUCGGCUGUGCUUGGUCUGUAGUGUCUUCGCGGGGAGAAGCGCGUUGCUGUACUGGUUCAUCUUGGUCCAAUGAUGGCUGCUGGGAAGUUAAAUCGCCCUCGUAAGGAGAUGCUCGGCUGGAAAAUGAAGGGUCAUCGCGAGCAGAGUUUCGCCUUUGAUUCACAGCAGGAGGAGCUUGUUGAUUCGUAUCGUCUUGAAGAAGUGAAGGUUGGUCUUGGUCCGCGAAGUCCUGACUUGGCGCUUUUGGUUGUUCGUUAUUAGCCGCGUGUACAGGCAACAAUUCUCCUUGACUCGUGACCUCCUGAGUGGCCGGCGCACUUCCCUCCGACACUCGUUGAGAACUUUCAUCCGCCCACAAUAAGUCUUCAUCUUCUGACGUUGGAUCAUGGUACGAGCUGUCUCCAUCCGAGUCUAGAGUCCUCUUACGACUUUUUCCCCUUAUCGGACGAGCACUCGCAGAACUCACAGACCUCGUAGCUCUCGUUCUGGGGUUUCGUAGACGCGCAAGUGGCUCAUCGUCGCUAUCCACAUAACUCUCAGAAGAUUGACUUCUUGUCAUCCGACGUGUCCGAUUUCUAGGCUCCGAGGCUGAAACUUUGCGUGUCCUCCUCGCUGUCCUCGUCGUCCUGGGAGUUAUCUUACCCUUCAUCCUAGUCGGAUCGAUGUGCAACAAGAUCUCUUCGGGUACGAAUUUUCCUGCGCGGUAGGCAAAAUCCUCGAAUGUGCGGUCAUCAUAAGCGUACUUGCUAUCCUUGGUCUUCAUGGUAUCCACGAAAGCUGCGAGUAGCGCCGACCAGCGCACCGUUGGGCUCUUGCCGUCUACGACGUCCCGCAUCUGAGAGCCAAGCACGUGCAUCUCGGUCAGCGACCAUUGUGCAUACCCAUCGGAGCUGUGCGUCGAGUCGCUGAGCUUCAUACUGACUGCGCCUGUGCGUAGCGCUUGCAGCAUAGCGACACUCGCCUCUAGUGAGUUGCACACCCACCCGCGCUCUUCGCAGAUGGCCGCGUGCACUGCGUACGUCUCGUCGUGCCAGCUCCAAGCGAAAUCAUCGCGGUAUCCCACCCAGCCCUCGUCCACCUCCAACAGCAGCCGCGCACCCUCCGCCGUCCACUGCUCAUUAUGGAACGUGAUGGCCGCCUCGGUCACACCCGCCAUCUUCGUCCAGAGAUGAAAACAAAAAUGUGCCAUACAAGUAAAACAGUAUAAACAAGAAUGGAAGUUGUCACUGCAAAAUAAAAGAUCAGUCUAGAAUUGGCCUCACACUAA